AUGAAUGAUUACGUUCUACUCUAUAUUUGUGCUAUUUAUGAAGAAUCUCCGUGGACCGUUAGAUGCGUUUCUCAAAAAAGACGUGAAGUGGAGACGGAGCUCUAA